GGAUCGCGGGUCUGGAUUCCCCAUGCCGGCUCCGUGUGGUGUGCGGCCAUCAUCCUCAACGACCAUGUGGCUGGCACAUCCCAGACGUUGGAAGUCGAAACCGAGGAAGGACUCGAGCGUCAUGUGCUCAAGAUUAAGAGCCCGGACGACUUGCCGCCCCUCCGAAAUCCCGAAAUUCUCGUCGGAGAAAACGACUUGACCAGUUUGUCCUACUUGCACGAGCCGGCCGUUCUCCACAAUUUGUCCGUCCGGUUCAUGCAAAACCAGUCGAUAUACACAUACUGCGGUAUCGUGUUGGUGGCCAUUAAUCCCUAUGAAGAAUUACACAUUUACGGCGCCGAUACGAUCGGCAUGUAUCGAGGCAAAAACAUGGGCGAUCUCGACCCGCACAUCUAUGCCGUGGCUGAAGAGGCCUUCACCAAAAUGGAACGGGAUGCCCGGAAUCAAUCGAUUAUCGUGUCGGGCGAGUCGGGCGCGGGCAAGACGGUGAGCGCCAAAUAUGCCAUGCGUUAUUUUGCCACGGUGGGCGGCGCCUCGCAGACCGAGACCCAAGUGGAGAAGAAGGUUUUGGCCAGUUCGCCCAUCAUGGAAGCCAUUGGGAAUGCCAAGACCACCCGAAACGACAACUCGUCGAGAUUUGGCAAAUACAUCGAGAUUGAUUUCAAUAAGUUCUUCCACAUCAUCGGAGCCAACAUGCGUACCUAUCUUUUGGAAAAAUCUCGGGUCGUAUUUCAGGCCUCGGAUGAACGGAAUUAUCACGUGUUCUACCAAAUGUGCGCCGGUCGCAAUGAAGAGCCGUUGGCGGGAUGUCAUCUCGACGAGCCCGAGGCUUUUUUCUACUUAAAUCAAGGCGAUGCCCCCCAGAUUGAAGGCGUUGACGAUCUCAAGGAACUUCAGUCUACCUUGGAGGCCUUCAAAUUGUUGGGCUUCAGUUCUCAUGAUCAAACCCGAAUCCUGCGAAUCCUGUCCGGAGUCCUUCAUUUGGGCAAUGUCGAGAUUGAAUCCGGGUCUGGUCGUGGCGAUUCCGAGACCAGCACCAUUGAAGCCAAUGAUCCGAGCUUGAAGAUAAUGGCCGAGUUGUUCGAGAUUGAAGAGGAUCAAUUCCGGAAGUGGCUGUGCUAUAGAAAAAUUGUUACCACAAGAGAAACCUACACCAAACCAAUGAACGCCCAAGCGGCCUUGUUCGCCCGUGAUGCCCUAGCCAAAUGCAUUUAUGCUUAUUUGUUCGACUGGAUCGUCCUCCACAUAAAUAAAGCCUUAAGAACCACCGGAAAAGCGAACAAAUUUAUCGGUGUUUUGGAUAUUUAUGGCUUUGAGACGUUCGAAGUUAACAGUUUUGAGCAAUUCUGCAUUAAUUACGCCAACGAAAAGCUACAGCAACAAUUUAACUUGCAUGUUUUCAAAUUGGAGCAAGAAGAAUACCUAAAAGAAGGCAUCGAUUGGAAGAUGAUCGAUUUCUAUGACAAUCAGCCUUGCAUUGAUCUCAUUGAAAGCAAAUUGGGAGUGUUAGACCUCUUGGACGAAGAGUGCCGAAUGCCCAAGGGAUCCGAUAAAUCUUGGGUGGAGAAGUUGUACGAUAAGUGCAAGAAAUGGGAGCAUUUCUCUAAACCCAGACUCAGUCAAACCGCAUUUAUUGUCAAACACUUUGCCGAUAUGGUCGAAUACGAGAGCUCCGGAUUUCUCGAUAAGAACCGUGAUACGGUCAUGGAGGAGCAGACCAACAUCCUGAGAGCCAGUAAUAAUGACCUCCUCAGUGAUCUCUUCAUGGACAAAGUAUCAAAAGCCGGUGCGGGCAAAGCUGGAAAAUCUCCCGGCGGGCCAGGAGGAGGAACGAAACAGAACAAAAAGACCGUGGGAUCCCAAUUCCGAGACUCUUUAAAUCUCUUGAUGACGACCUUAAAUGCGACAACGCCCCAUUAUGUCAGAUGCAUCAAACCGAACGACGAGAAGGCAGCUUUCCAAUUUGAUCCAAAGAGAGCAGUUCAACAACUCCGAGCUUGUGGAGUGCUUGAAACUGUACGAAUCAGUGCUGCGGGCUAUCCAUCGAGAUGGACUUAUUACGACUUCUUCCUGCGAUAUCGAGUACUCUGUCAUUCGCGGGAUGUCAAGAAGAAUGAUCACCGAACGACCUGCGAGAAUAUCAUAUCGAAACUCAUCAACGACGAAGACAAGUAUCGAUUCGGCAAAUCUAAGUUGUUCUUCCGUGCCGGUCAAGUAGCCUACAUGGAGAAACUUCGCUCGGAAAAGCUCCGCGAAUGUGGAAUCAUGAUUCAAAAACAUGUCAAGGGAUGGCUCUACCGGAAGAAGUACCAGAAGACCAAGUCCUCUACGCUCACCAUGCAGCGUUGGGUCCGAGGGUUCUUAGCCCGUAGGCGAACUCGUCAUAUCAGGAGAACCCAGGCGGCCACCACCAUUCAGCGAUUCGUUCGCGGAUGGCUCAAUCGUGUCCAAUAUCAACGUGUUCAAAGGUCCACGAUUCGCUUACAAGCGCAAAUUCGCGGCUAUUUGGCCAGGAAAAAGCACCUCGAACUUGUGCGCAACGCCAAGGCUAUCAUCAUCCAAAUGAACGCUCGUGGUUGGCUACAACGACAAAAAUAUCAGCGUACUCUCCGCCACAUAGUCAUGGUUCAAUGUCAAAUCCGUCGCUUUAUGGCCAAGCGACAACUUAAGCGCAUGAAGAUUGCUGCCAAAUCCAUCGAGCACCAAAAGAAACUCAACGAAGGUCUGGAGAACAAGAUCAUCAGCCUGCAGCAAAAGCUGACGCAAACGCAGCAACAGAACAAAGCUUUCAAGGGCCUCAAAAACGACCACGACAACGCUCUCAAAGAGUUGGAGAUUCUCAAGAAGUCCGACCAAGCAAACAAGGGGGCACUCAAGAACUUGUCCAGUUUGGAAGAGGAACUGGCGGCGGUUAAACUCGAACUGCAGAGGGAACGAGACGAAAAGAUGGACAUCGUCAAUACCAGUGAAAAGCGCUUGUCGUCCCUACAAAGUGAGAACGAUGCCAAGGAAAGCGAGUUGGUCCAACUAAAGGCUGAGCUCGCUCAAGUCCAAGAACAAGUCACCAACCAAGGACAGGUGAACGCCGAAGAGAUGAAUCGGAAGUUUACCGAGGAAAAAGCCCAAAUCCACCAAGAGUACGAGCAGGAGCGGAUCGCCUACCAGAAGCUCCUCAAGGACUACAACCGAUUGGAAGCGCAAUUCGAAAAUCUCCAGGACGAAGUGCACCAAAACCGAGCGGGUUCCAACAUGUCAUUCGUGUCGUCUUCAUUCACGUCUGAUUUCCAUGGAGAGGAAGAAUCGGCAUAUGGUUCGCAAUCAGGCCGCAGUUCGAUGCGUUCGAGUGGCGUUCCGGAUCGAGGCCGAUUGGAUCAAGUCGAUUGGGAAAAGGGCAUGGAGAGCGAUGUUGCCUUGACCUUGAAGCUCCAGCAGAAGCUAAAGGAGGCUCAACGAGACAAGGAGAAACUAGAAAAGCGACUCGAGGAUUUAGAGUCCUCCGAAGCCGCUCAGGUCAAUGAGAAGCAGGCGGCUGAUCGGAUCCGUCUCCAGGAACUCGAAAUGGAAAAUUCCAAGCUUCAAGGGGAUUUGAAGCGCAUGCGCGAAAGCCUAGCUGACGACUCCGGUGAUAAUGAGCAACUGAAGGAAAUGAUGGAGCAAUUCGAGCAACUCCAAGACGAAGUGGAUCGUCGUCGGGAGGAAUGCAUCCAAUUGCGCACGGUUCUUGCCACUGCCUCGUUGGAUGAGCAACCCUUCUCUCUGUUGUCACGCUCGAGCGAGCUCCCGGAAGCCGAGGAGCUCUUCACAGCUUACGAAACGCAAAAGAACGUGAUAGCCCAGCUUCAAGACCAGUUGACCGAAGAAAAGGCCAAGAGCCGGGAAGUGGAGGGAGACCUCCGAUCGGAACUGGAAAAGAUCACCAAAACAAGCCACGAACAGCAGAUGGUGAUCAACAACACCAUAAAUCGGGACCCAGUCAACAAUACGGAGCUGUGUUUACAACACGAGAUCACGCGCUUGACCGGAGAGAAUUUUGACCUAAGAGAGAAGAUUGAGUCAUUAAACGACACAAUCAAGCGACUCAAACGACAGCUUAGAGCCUACUUCAAGAAACUGAACGAAAUGGGUGGGACGAGCAAGCCAAAGCUCCGGAUGCGCUAGCCCCAAUUAUCCAAGCAUCACAACUUCUACAGGCCCGUAAGACCGAUGAGGACGUUCCUGUUAUCUGUGGCAUGUGCACGUCCCUUAAGGUGUCCCAAAUCAUCAAAAUCCUUAAUCUCUACACUCCCGCCGACGAAUACGAGGAGAAGGUCACUCCGUCGUUUGUGCGGAAAAUCCAAGCCACCCUCCAAGCUCGUGCGAUCCAAGAAAGUCAGCAAGCGACCACGCUACUCAUGGAUACCAAAUUCUCCUUUGCCGUCCGAUUUCCUUUCAAUCCGUCGCGAAUUCAACUGGAAGAGCUAGAAAUUCCCGAAACAUACAACAAUCUCCAUACCAUGUUGAAGAAGGUAUAGAGUGGGAAAGUCAAAAUGCUGGCGAGCGGGACAAUCCGUCGUCAUUUCAGGGAUUCACGACAUUCUCGAGGUGAUAAGCAAACAUUCCUUCCAAAAGGCCCUAUCUACUAGUAACUUAUUGAACCUGAACUACUACUACCAUUACUACUUCUAUUAUCAUUACUUCUAUUGCUGCUACAACAACAACAACAACAGGAACUUCAAUCGCUACUAUGAUUAACAGUACCUAUAAAGUUGCAUUUCAAACCAACUAAGAGAUUCCAUGUCUGGACCAAACAAACACCCUACUAGAAUGACAUCAAAAUUAUCUCGCCAGAUUCGUAGUCGCUUUCCUGUAUUUUGUACUACAAUUAUUAUUUUUAUGAUGUUUAUGCUCGGCUAACCCUAUUAUAUUACUACUGCAUUUGUUUUUAUUCAUAUAUUCUAUGCAUUUCGUGGCAUCACCACGAUUUUCAUUCAAAUAGAAUGUUAAUCCCAACUUCUUGCGGGACUUGAUCAUA